UUAUGGUAAUAAUAUGAUGAUACAAGGGCAUACGACCUUCUUUAUAAUUACCACUUGCUAGUAUUUUAAACUCGACCAUUUGUAAUUACGCACAUUUUAAUUACCAACACCAUAGCGCGUGUGUACGGUCCGCGAAACAUAACCUUGCAAACACGUUGUAGCGCAGAGCCUCAUGCAGAACGAUCAAACUUGCCAAGAUUUGAAGUAUGUGAGCCGCAAAUGCAAUUGUCAAGAAAUAAAGCACUAAAUUAAGGGAAUAAAAAAUGUCGGCUCCAGAGGGGGAUGGCAUUUCUCAUAAACAGCAUAGAGAACGAAAUGCUGGUCGUAAGGCAGACAAAAAGGAAAUCAAGAAAAAGAAAAAUUACAAACAUGAAGAUCCCAAGCAAAGAAAUCCAAAGGCAUUUACAUUUAAUUCUACGAUAAAAGCAGAAAGAAGGUUUCGACGUAAGCAGGAUAUUGAUACAAAAAAACAUCAUAUACCUGUUGUUGAUCGAACACCUGUAGAACCUCCACCGGUUUUAGUUGCUAUCGUUGGUCCACCAAAAGUAGGAAAGUCUUUAGUCAUUCAGUGCCUUAUAAAACAUUAUACCAAGCAUCCGUUAACCAAUAUUAUUGGACCUGUUACAUUAGUGUCAGGUAAACAUAGAAGAAUUACUUUUAUAGAAUGUAACAAUGAUAUCAAUAGUAUGAUAGAUAUUGCUAAAGUUGCUGAUUUAGUCUUACUAUUGAUCGAUGCCUCCUUUGGUUUUGAGAUGGAAAUUUUUGAAUUUCUCAACAUAUGUCAAGUUCAUGGUAUGCCACGUAUUAUGGGCGUUUUAACACAUUUGGACAUGAUAAAAAAUGCUAAGCAAAUGCGAAAAAUUAAGAAAUCUUUGAAGCAUCGCUUUUGGACAGAAGUCUAUUCGGGAGCAAAAUUAUUUUAUCUAUCUGGCUUAUUACAUAAUCAAUAUUUACGCACGGAAAUAAAAAAUUUGGCAAGAUUUAUCUCAGUAAUGAAGUUCAGACCUCUUACAUGGAGAUCGACUCAUCCGUACUUACUAGUUGACAGGAUAGAAGAUAUAACAGAUCCCGAAUUGAUUAGGCAAAACUGCAAGAUUGAUAGGACGGUCUGUGUUUAUGGAUAUGUACGUGGUGUGCCACUCAACAAAGAAUCUUCUAUUCAUAUUGCGGGUUGUGGUGAUUUAAAAAUCAAGGAUAUUAAUUUCCUACCAGAUCCGUGUCCGCUCCCAGAACAAUUAAAAAAACGAGCUCUUGUAGAAAGAGAACGUUUGAUAUAUGCGCCAUUCUCUGGAGUUGGUGGAAUUGUUUAUGACAAAGAUGCUGUUUAUGUUGAACUCGGUGGGAGUCACUCACAUACGAAAGAUGAUACAGGUUUAUUAGGACACUUAUUGCAAACUCAAGAGACUUUGGAUCAUAAAUUGGAACACAGUGAACUACAAUUCUUUAAGGAUUCAGCACCUAUAAAGUCUCAAGAUGUUAAAGAAAUAUUUACAGAGGAAAAAAUCGUUGAUGAAAAUAGAGUACGAAGGAAAGUAAUUUUUAAUGACACUCAAAGCUGUGACAAUAAAAAUCUAGAUGAUGACGACGACGACGAUGAUGAUAGUAAUGAAGAAAGUGAUGAUGAAGCAGAUGUAGAUUUUGAUCAAAAUAAUUAUAGUAUCGAAGAACAGAAAAAGAGUGUUAAUUCUAUAAAAAAUAUUGAUCAGGAUUUUGAUGAUGAAGAAGACGAGGUAGAAGAGGAUAAAGAAGAGGCAGGAGAGGAUGAAGAUGAGCAAGAAGAGACAGAAGAGGAUGACAAAGAAGAGGCAGAAGAAGAUGAGGAAGAUGAGGCAGGGGAGAGUGAGGAAGAAAAGAAAGUACAAGGAAGAAAUGAGGAGCCGGUAGAGUUUCAAGAUAAUAUUGAACAAACAAGGAAAAGAAAAAUUAUUGAUAAAUCGAGUAGAAAAAAAGUUAAGCUAGAUCCUUCUACCGAUAGCAAAAGAGAUAUGCAACUUUAUCACGAAUUACACAUUAAUGAAGAUAAACAAAUAAAAGAUAAAAUUUCCGAAGUUCUAAAUUUAUUGAAAGACAAAAACUUGAUAAAAUCAAGAAAUUCUAAUAAAGAAAAUACUAAUGACACAACUCAGUAUAAUUCUGAUGAAAGUUUUGAUGAGCUAAGCGGGGAUGAAAAAAUGGAUUUUGACUUAGCAGGUAAAGAAAAUUAUGAAAAUAAUAAGGAAGAUAAUGAUAAGAAUGGAGAUGAAAGCGAAAAUGAAAAUGAAAAACUAGAUGAUGAAGAAAACAAUAUUCAAGAUGUCAAAUGGAAAAAAAAUAUAGCCGAAAGAGCAAGAGAAUCGUUUUUAGAUAGGCAGCAAACGAAUGUCAAUAUCAUGCGAUUAGUAUAUGAUGUUUUUGAAGAAAAAAAAUUAAAUCAAGAAACGGUAAAGAAAAUGGAAGGGGAAGAAGAUAUUGGUGGGAUAUUUCGAAUUAUGGAAGCAAAAGAAAAGCAAAAAUUUGAAGACUCUGAAUUAAAAAACCAAGAAGAAUCUAUAUUUUUUUCGAAGGAAUAUCCACGUAAUUGGGUUGAACCUCAAAAUAAAGCUCUUUUAGUAAAUCAAUUUGUUACUGGCAAAUGGAAAGAAUCCGAAGAUGCCGAAGAAUUAUUAAAAUUAGAUAAUAUGAAGGACGACGAUGAAGAGGUAUAUGGUGAUUUUGAAGAUCUGGAAACCGGUGAGAAACACGAGUCAGAAACGCCGAAAGAAAUGGACGCCGAUGAGAUGGAUGAGCGCAAAAAGCUCCUCGAAAAGAAAAAAAAGCUGAAAGAGCAAUUUAAUGCCGAGUACGACACAGGGGAUAAAAGCUUUUACGAAGAUCUUAAGCUCGAAGUCGAGCGGCAGGGAGAACUAAAUAGAACAGAAUUUGAGUCCCUUAAUGAUGAUGUUCGUGUGACUUUGGAGGGUUUUCGUCCCGGAAUGUAUGUUAGACUGGAAAUCGAUACGGCUCCCUGCGAACUAGUGACUAAUCACGAUCCAAACUAUCCGAUGAUCGUGGGAGGUUUGCUGCCCGCGGAGGAGAACAUCGGAUACGUGCAGACACGUAUUAAAAAACACCGCUGGUAUUCGAGAAUCCUGAAGAGCAAGGAUCCACUUAUUCUAUCCGUAGGCUGGAGAAGAUUUCAGACACUCAUUAUUUUUUCAAAGCUGGAGGACAAUUUAAGAAAUCGGAUGCUCAAAUACACACCGGAACAUGUCGCAUGCAUGGCUCACUUCUGGGGUCCAAUCACACCCCAGGGUACGGGCAUCCUUGCCGUUCAGAACGUCUCGAUGAUCGACUCCGGCUUCAGAAUAUCUGCCACUGGAACCAUCAUUGAACUGGAUAAGAGUUGUAAUGUAGUGAAGAAACUGAAGCUCGUCGGCUAUCCCCAUAAAAUUUAUAAGAAGACAGCCUUCAUCAAGGAGAUGUUCAACUCGACCUUGGAGGUUGCCAAGUUCGAAGGUGCAAAAAUCAAGACGGUAUCGGGAAUACGUGGACAGAUAAAGAAAGCCUCGUCGAAGCCCGAGGGCAGUUUCCGAGCAACUUUCGAAGACAAAAUACGGCUAAGUGAUAUUGUGUUCUGUCGCACCUGGUAUCGCAUAGACUUGCCGAAAUUUUAUAAUCCAGUGACAUCGUUGCUUCUACCCGUGGGUCAUAAGAACGAAUGGAUGGGCAUGAGAACAACCGGUCAAUUAAAACAUGACCUUAACAUCAAAGUCACCCCGAAUCCUGACAACCUUUAUACAGAUGUUAAGCGGCAGCCAAAGAUUUUCAGACCUCUAACCAUUCCGAAGAAAUUGCAGAGAGAGCUUCCGUACAUAAAUAAGCCGAAGAUUCAGAAGGGCAAACGAAAAUCCGAAGCCGAUAACGAUAAGAUUGCCGUGGUGAGAGAGCCAAGGGAGCAAAAUAUUGCGAGACUUAUGACGAUGAUAAGGACGCAUUAUGCAUAUAAACAAAGUAAAUUGAAGGAUGCGACACAUAAGAGAAUCGUCGCUUAUCAGAAGAAGAAGAACGAGGAAGAGGCAAAGAAACUCGGCAGGCAGAAAGAGAUGAAGAAACAAAUAUUCCGACAACUUAGCAAGAUGGAUGCUAAGAAUAAAAAGAAGGGCCUAUAGAUUAAAUGUAUUGAACAUUGUCUAUAGCUUUUAUAU